UUUUCUAAACUUGAACAUUAUUUUUUUCUCUCCCUCUCUCUCUCUCUCUCUCUCUCUCUUGCUCCCUCUCCUCAUCAAUUAAUGCUUGGAAGCAUCAAGAACUUGAUUUCCAUAUAGAAAACAAAAGGGCAGAACGAGAAAUGACAGAAGGAAUUGUGGAAAGGGCUCUUAACAGUUUGGGCAAAGGAUUCGAUAUAACAUCUGAUUUUCGACUGAAAUAUUGCAAGGGAAAAGAAAGGCUGGUUUGGCUUAAUGAAAGGGAGACGACAGAACUUCUUGUACCGGGAUUUGGAGCCUUCAGAGAUGUCUCAAUUGAUAUCAAGUGUGAUAAAGGUGAUCGAACUCGAUAUCAAUCCGAUAUUCUUGAUUUUAGCCAGAUGUCAGAGUUUUUCAACCAGAAAUCCUCAGUUCCUGGAAAAGUACCAUCAGGGAUGUUCAACUCAAUGUUUGGAUUCCAGAGUGGCUCAUGGGCAACAGAUGCAGCAAAUACAAAGUGUUUAGGCCUUGAUGGCUAUUUCAUUAUACUCUUCAAUGUCCACAUUGAUCGGUAUCCUCUUGUUCUUGCUGACGAAGUCCGGAAUGCUGUUCCUUCCACCUGGGAUCCAGCUGCUCUUGCAAGAUUUAUUGAGAAAUAUGGUACCCACAUUAUUGUGGGACUAAGCAUAGGUGGGCAAGACGUGGUGCUAGUAAGACAAGACAAAUCUUCUAAUUUGGAACCAUCUCAACUCAAGAGCCACUUGGAUGUUCUUGGAGAUCAGCUGUUCACUGGGGCAUGCAGCUUCUCUCCUCAUCAAUUGAAAACCAGAGAACAAAAACAAAAGGCACCUCAGGCUUUCAAUGUGUUCGAUCCACAUCCUAACCCCUUCAACAGCUUCUCAUCAAUCACAACGAAAGAUGGAAUAACAGUUAUAUGCUCAAAAAGGGGUGGUGAUACUUCUACUAGUACUCAUUGUGAGUGGAUUCUAACAGUUCCAUCAAUGCCAGAUGCAAUCCAUUUCAAUUUCAUUCCCAUCACCUCUCUGCUCAAAGGUGUGCCUGGCAAGGGCUUCUUGUCACAUGCCAUCAACCUCUAUCUUCGUUAUAAACCACCAAUUAAUGAUUUGCAGUACUUUCUGGACUUCCAAGCCCACAAAAUGUGGGCUCCAGUUCACAAUGAUCUUCCUCUUGGGCCAACAAGAAACAAGGCUCGACAAAACCCCACUCUGCAUUUCAACUUCAUGGGCCCUAAGCUCUAUGUCAACACCUCUAAGGUUAUAGUUGGAAAGAGACCGGUAACGGGAAUGCGGUUGUACCUGGAGGGUAUGAAAUGCAACAGGUUAGCAAUACAUCUGCAACACUUAUCAAAUGCUCCAGUAUUAUUCCAAGACAAGAUCAAUGACCCUCUAACAUGGCGAGGAACAGAAGAAAUCACGGAUGAUCGAUAUAUGGAAGCAGUUCAAUCGAAAAAAUUUUCACAUAUAUGCACAGCCCCUGUGAGAUAUGAUCCAAAAUGGGCUACCAAAACAGACGAAGCAUUCAUUGUUACCGGGGCACAAAUCCAUGUUAAGAAAGAAUCAUCAAAAACAGUGCUACAUCUUCGACUGUUAUACUCAAAGGUCUCAAAUUGUUGUGUUGUUCAAUCAAAUUGGAUGCAAUGUCCAUCGGAAAACUCCAUCAAGUGGAGCAUUUUCUCAGCCAUAAGCACGUCGAUUUCCGGUACUUUGGAUAAGGAGAAAAUGCCCGCCGUUGUGGUGGAUUCUGCGGUUUAUCCGACAGGGCCGCCGGUGCCAGUGCAAACACAAAAGCUGUUGAAGUUUGUAGACACUUCACAAUUGUGUAAAGGGCCUCAGGAUAAUCCAGGACAUUGGUUGGUGACAGGAGCUAAAUUGGAUUUGGAGAAAGGAAAAAUUUGCUUGCAUGUCAAGUUCUCCUUGUUGAACUUAUGUUCUUGAUCAGACCAGGAAAUGUCCACAUAUCCAAAGGGAUAUCCAAAUUGACCUAAAUUUUGUAUAUAUAGUUUUGUGUUAAUAUAUAGAUUUUUGGUAAGAUAUCUACUGUGGUGGAGGUCAGGUCCAUUGGUCAUACGAUCCCAGGAAGUAAAAUGCAGAAGACUAAUUAUGAGGUUUGGACUUGGAGAAACCAUAGGCUUGGAGAGUCUUGGAGAGUCCUCUUGUAGAUUUUGAAUUUUAUGCAGAAGCUAUCCCGAAAUUGUUUAUAGGAUCCCUUGGUUUGAAUCAGAAAUACUUUAUUCUUUUUCUUGUGAUUUAGUUGAGGUGAUUAUACAUUUUUGUCUAGUGAUCU